AAAAUAGAUCCUGCAAAUAUACGAGAUUUCUUUGGAACCACUUCGGAGGCCUCUAAAACGUCGGAUUCAGCCUACAUCCUGUUCUAUCAGGCUUGUGAUUCUUCCUCUUUAACAAAAAUGGGAAGUCAGUCGGGGCUUUUACAAUCUCAACAGUCAUCUGCCACUCCAGCACAUACAUCUAAUCCACAACCGUCAUCCACUUCAGCCCCAGAGUCAGUGCGAUGA